UUCACAUUUCAUCAUGGCGGUUCUGUCGUCUUCUGCACUUUCCUCAUGUUAUCGGUGGCUUAGCGCAAGGAUAUGCCACAGUACAACUUUGAUUAUUCCAUCCGUACAAUUCUCUUCCCUCUCGUGUACAACGAGAUUAUUUAGACCGGUCACAAGAUUACCUUUGCGUUGUCCACGUGCAUUCUAUUACGUGAAGCCAAAAGAGAAGAAAGGUCCUACAUUGAAGGGUUGGUUAUAUUUUGGAGCUGGCGGUGUUGGAGUGAUCUCAGGAGCUGUGAUUUAUCUAGGGCUACCUGAUCCAGAAAAUCCUGAAGAUGGAUACAAAAAUGAGUUGGUGCCAAUGCAGUUUAUUUAUAGAACAAGAGACAAAAUCUGGGAUUUUUAUGAGAUGUUUGCGGCACCAUCAAGCAAAAUGUUAUUACCCGAUCCCCUUCAAGAACCUUAUUUUCAGCCCCCAUAUACACUGGUGCUUGAGCUAAAAGAUGUUUUGGUUCACCCAGAGUAUGAUCGUAAAAGUGGCUGGCGUUUCAGGAAAAGGCCAGGAGUGGAUGCUUUUCUCAAUCAGCUUGGGCCACCUCUAUUUGAAGUCGUCAUAUACACACAUGAAGCUGGAUUUAGUGCAGCACCUGUGGUGGAUGGAUUAGAUCCAAAUGGACUUAUCAUGUACAGACUGUAUCGAGAUGCUACACUAUAUACUGAUGGGACACAUGUUAAGGAUUUGUCUGCUCUAAACCGAGACCUCUCCAAAGUCAUUAUGAUCGACUGUGACGAAAAAGCCCCAAGGGACAACCUGCGAAAUGCCAUCAUUCUCAAUAAAUGGGAAGGUGACCCGACCGACAGAAGGUUGUUCGAUCUUAUUCCUUUUCUUCUAACCAUUGCCACCUCAAAUGUUGAAGACAUCCGCACGGUUUUAGACUUUUAUCGGCAAGAAGAUGACAUAAUUGAAGCCUUCAAACGAAACCAGGCUAGGCUUCGAGAAGCAGAGGAGGCCAGACUGCCGCAGCAAGGCACAAGGUCAUCAUGGUCCGGGGUGUUUGGACGAGGCUUUGGCUUGGGCGGGUCAAGCAACAAAAGUUGAAAAAUGAUCCGGAGAGAGAAAUUCUUCAAGGUCAGGAGAAAUUCAUGGGAAAGUUGAAACUCUAACGAAAAGUCACGGAAACUAAAAUUAUAUGUAGUUGACGCGUCUGUUUACCUGUCUUCGUUGUAUUAUUGUGUCGUCAAUACAAAUUUCUUGUUGUAAUUUGUGAAAUUGUAUCAAUGGAUAGCACUCCGCCUUUAAGGGGAGGAUGGACGCCACUGUUUUACGUAACAUUUUAUUCUUCAUAUUGUAUUGUAAAAAAACGUUGUUGGAGAUUUUUGCGGUACAUGGUAGCUCUCUCACACGCUCGCGUGAUCGUCCAGACCGUUUCGUUGUCGUUUUUUCAGUUUUUAUUUUCUCGAUGCCCUCCAAAGUGAUUAUAAUAAUACUACAGUUAUGUUCGUGGGCAUAAAUAUGUUUUUGGUCCUUCUCAAAGCUCAUUUUAACCCUCGCCCAACGACUCGGCCUGAAAUGACUCUGAGUCAGGCCCUAAACAUAUUUGUGCCCGCAAAAAUAAACUCUCUCGUCUAUCUUUUGUCUCGCGAUGUAGUUACUUCCGACGUUUAUCGCGACGUUUGGACUGCAUAUUGCUAGCUUUCUUCGGGCGAUGAGGUCAACUGGCUGCUAUUGUAUGUAGUAUUUGUGCUUAAUAUCGUAGAAGGCUGCAGAUAUUCUUCAUAGUGAAUAAUGCAGUGUUGUCGCAAUUGUUUGUGUCACAGUGUACCUACUUCUUGUAACUCUCUGGUGAUGAGGUCGAAUGAGUGUGAAUGCGUCACGUUGUAAAGAGGCAUUGGACAUUUGGUCGGAAAUUAUAUUUCUAUCUGGGAAGAGUCAUGAAUUUAGGUAACCAGUUACUGUGGCAACCAUGAUAUGGUUUCGCGGGAUUGAUUGAAGUGCGAAGACUUGAAUAACAAUUAAAACAUUUGUAUUGGUGUCGAUUGCGAAGACGUCAGUCGUCUUUAAGAACGUUGUUAGCAACAUUCGAAGAUUGUUGGCUUCUGAUAAGUGAGUUCGUUUUUGUUUUGUCUCUGUUUUGAAGCUUUCACAUCUGCGCUGAUCAAUAAUUCUGUUCAGUUUUGUCGGGUUGCACUGUCAGGAAGUGAUAAUGUUUGCUUCUUUAAGAGACUUAGCCAUAAAGUUGAAGUGCUUGUGCGCUGAAAAACCUUGAACCUGAAUGUUAACCGGUCGGUUCUUGAAAAUAUAUAUUAUUGAUAUUAUCUUAUCAGCACUUGACAAUUCAAAGUACAUUACUGAUAUUAGUAGGAGUUUCACUUUUUGUCACUGUAUUAUUAUUUAAUUAGUUAGAUAUUUGUUAAUUUGUAUUGAAAAUUAAUCUUGAAAAGUACUAUCGGGAAAUGCUAAUUAGAAAUAUUGUAUCAGACUUUGUGGAGAAAAAUUGAACGACGUAUACUUGAUCUGUUGAGCAGUUUUCUACAAAGUGUUGAAAGUCAUCUGGGAUUUUAUUGUUAUUGGUGGCGAAAACUUGCGCCGUUACUCAACCAAUAAGAUUCAAAGUGAAAAUCGUGACUCAUGUUUACGGCAUAUUUGUAUUAAAUUAAAAUCCAAACUGGCUCCACAUGACAUUUUGGUCAUUGUAAGGAGUUAGUAGUUGGUUUUACGACAAUCAAUCGAGCAUAGAUUGUCAAGCCAGAGAUCGUGGGAAACUCUCUUCUGGUGUAAGCAGUAAAUUGUUGGUGUUAGGAGUUGUCACGGUCCAAAGAGCGUAAGUCUUACUGAAAGUCUAUCUCAAUAUUUUUACAAAUUAUUCUUGCGUGACUCAAGUGAUCGCUAUAUAAUUAACAACCAUGAUAUAGCCAGCAUAUAAAAUUUAUGACUUUUCUUUUAUAGCCCAAUGA